ACGCCAGGUACUUGGGAGGUGCGCCUUGCGGUGGGUGAGUCGCCUCGGCACUUCCUCCGCGGCGCUCGCACCUCCACCGCCUCCACCUCCUCUCCACCCCCGCCAGUACGUCUCCCCCUCCCACCUCCGCUCGGAAAAAAUGGACACUUCUCCGGAGACUAAGAUCGACCCUGCACUUAGGGAAGAGAAGGAAAUGGGUGAAGGCGGUGUGCACGGGGAGGCCAAGGGCGACGGAGGCACGGCCAUCUCGACGCUGAAGAAGCUUUGGGCUGCCACCACCUACGAGCCGCUGUUGCUGCUGCAUUCCAUUGUCCACUUCGGCACUGUUACACUGACGGAGUCCCUGAUAGCAGAAAAGAGCUGCCUGGUGACCCUCGGCAAACCGGAAGAAAUCUGCAAAGAACUUUAUGAUCAUCCAAAUGAUGAAAUUGAAGUACAGCAAGUUGCAUCCAAGUAUCAAGGUUCUGCUACGCUGGCUGAGAACAUGGUCGCAAUGUUUCUGCUGCUUUACAUUGGCCCCUUCUCUGACAGGUACGGUCGGAAGCCCUUCCUUUACCUGAGUCUGGUGAUGAAAACAUUGAAUAUUUUUAUCCUUUUUCUGGCCUCCGUGUUCAUUUACUCUCCUACCGAGCUCACCGUAGUGGCCCCGUUCCUCUACUCUCUCGGGGGAGCGAUGGGCUCCUUCCAGAUGCUCGUCUUCGCCUGCAUCUCCGACGUCACCACGGACGCCAACCGCACCUACAGGCUGGGAAUCCUGAAGAUCUUCAUGGCCUUCGGGUCGCCCACUGGCAGGGUGGUCGGCGGGCAGAUGUAUGCGUUAGGUGGGUACGUAGCAGUGUACGGGCUGGCGCUGGGAAUUCUGGGUAUCUGCCUGCUCCUGCUCGUCUUCACUGCGGAGUCUGUGAAAUUCGGUGAUAAUGAGCACAGACCCAAGUUCAGGGUUUCGUGGCUGAUCAAAGUCCCGGCGGAGCUCCUCGCAGCCGUCCACCGCAACGAAGGACCUCGGAGGGGCAUCGUCUACUCGAUCCUCUUCUCUCACAUAUGCAUCUUCUUCGCCAUGAAUCCUCUGUACUUCCUAUUCUUCAAGUUAAUGUUCGACUGGGAUGCAACAGACUAUUCUAACUGGUUCUUCUACAGGGACAUGACCAAAGCCAUAGCGCUCGUGUUGCUGAUGCCCGUCUUCGUGGGCCGCCUGAGGCUCCCCGACAGCGCCCUCGGGUUGCUCGGCUGCAGCUCCGUCGCCUUCAUGCAGAUCGCCCUCGGACAGAUCGUCAGCCCCUCCAUGGCGUGGGUCGCGCUACUCGGGCCUUUGCUCGGGAUGCUGGAGCUGUUCGCGCACCUGGCCUCGCGCUCCAUCAUGUCCAAGUGUUCCGAUGGAAGCAGAGAACUUGGAAAGCUCUUCGCGGCGCAGGCAGUCCUGGACUCCAUCGCCACCGGGCUGGCAGGCCCUCUGUACGCAGCGGUGUACAGCUCUUCGGUGGACAGCCUCCCCAUGGCGCAGUUCCUCCUGGCGGCCCUGUUCAUGUUCCUGGCCGUCUUAGGAAUCGGGGUGUGCGAUAUCUUCCUCCAGAAGAAAGAGGCUGAACCCAAACAUGAAGAUCUUCAAGAAAAAGCCUGAACAGUCGGAAAGAAAAUAAAGUCCUCACUGAAUGUCUUGAUGACCAUCACUUUUUUUCAUUAUAUUACGUUUGUUUUUUUGUAGUGUGCUUCAGCUGUCUCAUUACAUGGCAUUUUUUUAUAUUGACGUUAUCAAUACUACUGUUAAGAUGGUGGUUGUUAUUGUCAUGUUAUUACUGUUGCAAUUAUUCAUUUGCGAUUAUUAUUAUUAUCAUUAUUACUUUUACUAAUAUUAUCAUAUUUGUUGUUAUUACCAUUAUUAUUAUUGAUAUGCUUAUGAUUUUGGCAUCAUUAAUAUUAUCAUUGUUGUAUCAUUAUCAUUAUUAUAAAUGUUAUCAUCUUUAUUAUCAUUCUAGUAUCUUAUCAUAAUCAUUAUCACCAUCGCUUAUUCUAUCUUUAACAUUAUUGUAACUAUUAUUAUUGUCAUUAUUACCAUUAUCAUGAUAAUUAUUAGUGUUAUCAUCAUCAUUGUUUGUAUUUGUAUUUGUAUUAUUAUCAUUAUUAUUAUCAUUGAUUAUUUUCAUUAUCGUUACAAUGAUCAUUAUUAUUGUCAAUAGUAUUAUCAUUAUUAUCAUAAGUAGUAAUUAUAAUAGUAGUAUUAUCACUAUCCUUAUUAUUUCUAUUAUCGUUACGAUUAUCAUUAUCAUCAUUAUCAUUGCCAUUGCUGGUAUCAUACUGGUAAUAUACUGACAAUAAUUACUCCUAACUUUAUUUCCAUUACUGUUAUCAUCAAUGUUACAAUUAGCAUCAUUCUCAUUAUCAACACAAUUAUUUGUGACACGAACAUUAGUUUCUAUUAUCGCCAUCAACGUUAUCAUUAUUCCAAUAAGAUGUUAUUGCUGAUAUUGUGGAUGUCAGGUGGCGAUAUAGUAUUAUCAAAAUAAUUACCAUAACAUCAUAACCGUUAUCAAAAUAUCUUUAUUGUAUCUGUAGAUGUUAUUAUU